AUGAGUAAUUCAGAAGAUUCUCCUUCCCCGGAAAAUGUGAAAUGGCAGACUACAUGGUUCGCAUUGGUUUCAUUGGGACUUGCUGCCAUGAUGCAGCCGUGUGGAAAUGUGCUCGGCCAAAGAACCAAGAACCACCGCUUUUAUAUCCGUGCCUCACCCGUCGUCUGCGCUGCUGAUAUGGUGCAAUUUAUCGCCUUCGUCUUACUUGGAUUUAGUCCCGAUCCCCAGGUGUGGCUGCGGAAUGUCAAAUUCGAACUGAGAGAACGAUUUGAAGGAGAAUCAGGCGCUAAAGACCGAGAGGCCGCUGAGAAUGCGAUCAUUAUCCGUUGGAUACUGAUGAUCAUGGGCGCCUACGUAUUUCAAGUCAUCAAGCUGGUGGCGAUGCGAGGAGUUCCAUGGACCCAAGCUUGGGCAAUGAUGUUCGUCAUCUCCAUACUCUUUGGGGAGAUUCUCAUACUACUUGUACACUUCCUUAACCUCGAUGACGGCUCGACCAGUACACCCCCUCUCUGGCGCAGCUACAGGUUCUCCAACGCUGUCGAUCACAUUGGACUUAUUGCAAUCUCACUUCAGUUCGCCAUUUCAUAUGGGAGUCUUUAUAUUUUCGUUCACAAAAUGAAUGACUUAUUACGCUACAAGGGGCUUCCGGAUUAUGUUAAUUUUACUAUUCUUGUAAUUUUCAUUGGGGUUUCCCUUUCACCAUCCUUUCCUGGGUAUUGGAGGUAUAACUCCCAUUGA